UUGCUCUUUGUGUCAAUUGCGGUUUUUUUGUUGUCAUUUAACUACAUUUGUUUGGCAUUAUUAUUAUUGGUUUUUGUAUUUUAAUAUUAUUAUUAUUUUUAUCGCAAACACACUUGGCCGUUGAAGAUUUAACAAUAACAAAAUUAAAAUAAAAAGGAAACAAACAAGAAAGAAGCUAACAUUAUUACAAAAUUUGCUAUUUAAAGAGGCAAAACAAAUACAAAUUAAAAUUUAGUAAAGUUUUAAUUAAAAGUGCUAGUGACUAUUGCUGCUAGUCUGUCUAUCUGCCAGCUAGUUACAUAUUUGGGAGUUUUUUUUAACGUUUUGAAAGUACGCAAACAAACAAACAUUUACUUAACAGGUUAACAAGCAAUAAACGCCUACAAAAGUAAAUUUGCAAAAAGAGAGAAAAAAUUAAAAAAUUUUAAAGAAAAAAUCUUAAUAAAAUAAUAGCACAGGAUAAAAUUAUUAAAUUUGUUUAUUUUUUUUUUACUUUCUUCACAUUGUUUGACCUUCUGCCCGGAAAACCCAACUACAGAAUGUGUGAAUGGCAUUGUAAUGCUUUGGUCAAAGAUGCCAACACCUAUCAACCAGAUACUUUGGAUUUAAAUAAAGAUGAAGAGGCUGCCAAUUAUUGGUUUCCUUGCUUUCAUGAUAUGAUAGAAAAGUUUGCUCGUCAAGCGGCCAAAUCACAGCGGGAAACUGAUGAUAGCGCUGAUGCACGCGCGGAACAGUUUAAACAAACUUAUAUAAAGAAAUUGGAAGAAUAUCGUAGUGCCACCAAAGAAAAUGCCGCCAGUAAUCGUGUUUUAGGCAUAAGAGAAUUAUUAGAACUCAAUGAUAAGCAGUUGCGUUUGUAUGGUUUUGAAGAUCCUUGGCUGCAGCAGAAGAAAUCAGAAAAUGAAGUAGCCUUGCCUUUGUUUGCGGAACGUAUUAAAGAAAUCGAUGCCAUAGAAAAUAGUACCCAAAGAUGGUUGGAAUUGGUUAGAGGCGUAUUGGCGGGUAAUAUGUUUGAUUGGGGUGCUCAGGCUGUAGCAAGUAUAAUACAAAAAGAUAAAUCUUUUGGUUUGCAUGCUGCUUUAGAACGCAUACAAAAGCGACCCUGGCUUAUGGAUGAUUUGGAUAAAUGGUUACAACGUUUACAAGGCUCUAGACAUAAAUGUGCCGCUAUAUUUGUGGACAACAGUGGAGUUGAUGUGAUAUUGGGUAUUUUACCCUUUGCCCGAGAACUUUUAAAACGUGGCACUAAGGUCAUAUUAUGUGCCAACACCGAUCCCUCCCUUAACGAUGUUACUAGCAGUGAAUUAAAUACAAUACUCGACUCCUGCAACUGCCAAUGUGCCGUCAUGAAAGAGGCUCGCCUUAAUGGCAAACUAGUGGUAUUUGGUAAUGGCCAACAUGGUCCCUGUUUGGAUAUGCGUACAUUGCCACAAGAUCUCUGUGAAGCUUUACAAAAGAAUGAGACUGAUUUGUUGGUGAUUGAGGGUAUGGGUCGUGCUUUGCAUACCAAUCUCUAUGCACAGUUUAAUUGUGAAACCCUUAAGCUGGCGGUGGUAAAGAACAAAUGGUUGGCCCAACGUUUGGGCGGUGAUACAUUUUCGGUUAUUUGUAAAUAUGAGCCUUUGAGCUGAGUUCAAAUUUCUCAACAUUUGUUGCAAACAUUGUUUGUAAUAUUUAUUUUGGGCUUAAAUUGUGUUAUAUUGUAGUACUUUAAUUAUUAUUUCAUUAUAUUUUCUACUUUUCUUAGUCCAUUGAAGUCUUGUUUUUGUUGUUAUUUGUUUUAUAAUCCGUUUAUAUUCUUUUUCGUUUGCAAAACGUUUCUUCAAAUAAAAAGUGGAUUUAAUUAAAA